AUGUCUGCGGUGGACUCGCCCAUAACACCUACCGAUUCCCGGGCUGGGACAAUCCAGCCCGAGUCGACCGUGCCCUCUUCGCCGAUGACCGAGCCUACCGAUCAGGACCCGAAAGAUCCCUUGGAGAAGGAUACGGAUGCGGAGAAACAUGAAGAUGGAGGGAAAGAAACAAGCGUGCUGAAUGGCGACGCCACAGAGGCGACUGAAGAUGCGGACGAUACAGAAGGCAUGGAUGUCAAGGCAAAGGCCUUGAUGCACCUUCUCAAGACGAGCUCGGUCUUUGUUGCCAUCAUGUCGGAAAAGAUGAAGAAACAACAGGAAGAGGCUAGGCAACGGGCCGCCACCCAGAAACGAGAUGCCACCGAACAAAAGCCCAAGCCAAAGCCCGCAGCGAGUACUCGACGCGAAACUCGAAAUAAAGUCAAAGAGGAACACACUGCCGAGGAAACUACCGGAGAUGAACCUGUCGCGAAGCGAAGAGGCCGCCCUCGCAAGAGCGGAGCCAAUGGGAACACAAUUUCCAGCUACUUUCAGAAAGCCGAUGUCAAAGUUGAAGAGGAUAAUCCCACUGUUCAAGAGGCACUUGAGCAGGCAGCGGAGGAUUAUGAGGCCAAUCCGACUGCUCUUGGUGAACAAGAGCUUGUCGCCACCCAGCAGCCAGCUCUGGUAACCGGCGGCAAGAUGCGCACCUACCAAUUGGAGGGCCUGGAGUGGAUGAAGACCCUCUGGAUGAAUGGACUUUGCGGUAUUCUUGCAGACGAGAUGGGUCUAGGCAAGACCGUACAGUCUAUUUCAAUGAUUGCUUUCUUGAAAGAGAACAAUGUCUCGGGUCCUUACCUUAUUGCAGCGCCGCUUAGUACCUUGAGCAACUGGAUUGACGAGUUCAAGAGAUGGACUCCCGACAUUAAGACUGUUCUUUAUCACGGCACUAAAGAGGAGCGCGCGGCCAUUAGAAAUAAGCACAUGAAACCGCGUGAUCAGGGAAAGAUGGAUUUCCCGGUCAUCUGUACAUCUUACGACAUUUGCAUCAAUGAUUCAAAGUUUCUUGGACAGUACCAGUGGAGGUACAUUGUGGUGGAUGAGGGCCAUCGCCUCAAGAACAUGAAUUGCAAGCUCAUCAAAGAAUUAAUGACAUACAACUCUGCUAAUCGAUUGCUCAUUACUGGCACGCCAUUGCAAAACAACAUUUCUGAGCUAUGGUCGCUCUUACAUUUCUUGCUUCCUGAGGUUUUCAAUGAUCUGAAGAGCUUCGAAAGCUGGUUCGACUUCUCUUCUGUUUUAGAUGAUUCGGGCAAGGCAGAAGUCAUCGAGCGCCGGAAGCGCAACUUGGUGACUACCAUGCAUUCCAUCUUGAAGCCGUUCCUCCUACGACGUGUCAAGACCGACGUGGAGCACUCUCUACCCAAGAAGCGAGAGUACAUUCUGUAUGCUCCGCUUACUCCUGAACAGAAAGAGCUUUACAGAGAGAUUUUGAGUGGCACCGGACGUCAAUAUCUUGAAGGAAAGGCUUUAGAGCGUCUAACAGCCAAGAGCUCUACCCCUACUCGCUCUAGCAGCCUGAAGCGUCGUCGCAGCAGUGAUGGAUCAGAGACGCCCAAUAAGAGUCGGCGCACAGCUCGAGACAGCGAGCCAGCCAGCGGCACGGCUUCAGCCAGACGGCGCAGAGGACCUCAGAGUUACAAGGAUAUUAGCGACCGAGAGUUUAAUUCUAAGCUGCGGAAGCUUGAACAAGGAGUCGAGGACGAAGAAGAGGAGUUAGACGAGCCGAACGAUUCCGAGAUUGAGGAGAUUGAGCGGGCAAACAAUCUCAAGCUUGCAAAGAAAGAAAUCAGCCAAAAGAAGAUGAUGAAUCCCAUCAUGCAAGCCCGCCUGGCCUGCAACUCUCCCCACAACUUCUACUGGCCUUGGAUGGACGAAUCCUCGACAGUGGACGAAACCCUUGUAACUGCGUCCGGCAAGAUGCUUCUCCUUGACCGUCUAGUACCCUAUCUCUUCAAAAAGGGACACAAGAUUCUCAUCUUCUCCCAGUUCAAGACACAGCUCGACAUCCUUCAGGACUGGGCGACGCAACUACGCAACUGGCCUUGCUGCCGCAUCGACGGCGCAAUCGCCCAGGCCGACCGACAGGCGCAAAUCAAGGCAUUCAAUACGGACAAGAAGCACAAGAUCUUCCUGCUUAGCACUCGUGCUGGUGGACAAGGCAUUAACCUCGUCGCUGCGGAUACAGUCAUUCUUUUCGACUCUGACUGGAACCCACAACAAGAUCUCCAAGCUCAGGACCGAGCACACCGCAUCGGACAGACCAAGCCCGUGAUCGUGUACAGACUCGCGACCAAGGGCACCGUCGAGCAGACUCUUCUCGAGAAAGCAGAUGCCAAGCGUCGUCUUGAACGUCUGGUCAUUCAGAAGGGCAAGUUCCGGUCUCUCCUCGACACUGGUAGUGCCCAUGACGUUGAAGAAUUGAGGAAGGCCCUCGGCGAAGAUGAAUUCGAGCGCUUCGAAACAGGCGCUGAUCCCGCGGCUAUUCUUUCGGAUGAGGAUCUUCAGAUCCUUACGGAUCGGAGCGAGGAGGCUUAUGUCCGAGCUGAAAAGGGUCUUGGACAGAGUGGACCGGCUUUUGUUUCUGUUGAAACUAAGCGUGAUGCUGGCGAGUCUUUGAUGUCCUAA